GUUCAUGUGAGCCGCGAGCUGGAUCAUUCUGCUCCUCGCCAAGGACCAGUUUCACAAGUUGUCUGAGUAACGUAAGUUGCCUCUGGUCAUGCACGUGUUGAUCCGCCCGUACCGUCCCUCAGACAAGGACGCCUUGCUCACCCUGUUCAGCAACGGCAUCCUGGAGCACAUCCAUCCAUGUUUUUACAACGCCAUAACCAGCCCUCUCUACAUCACCAUCACCCUGGCUCUCUGUGUUCCUGGCUACCUGCUGGGCUCUGUGUUAGGGGCUGUGGUGUUACCAGGAGCAUGGGUGGGCCUCAUAUACUACUGCUGCCAUGAGCUAUAUGCCGGCCUUGUCAGGGGGAAACUCCAGACAGACAUGCGAGACAUCCCUGGGAACUUUAUGAGCAGACCAGAUGACUGUUUCUGGGUGGUGGAGGCUGAGGUUGAUGGGAGGGUCCAGAUCAUGGGUACGGUGGCUGUGGUGGCCAAACAAAGUGGGAAAGAAAGGCAUGGGGAACUGUUCAGAAUGACCAUCUUACCAUCAUACAGACGGUUGGGCCUGGGCUCAAAGUUGACUCAGACUGUUGUUGACUUCUGUAAAGAACGAGGCUUCUCAAAAGUGGUGCUGGAGACCAGCUCUCCAGCCACCGCUGCUGUGGCCCUGUACGAGAAAAUGGGAUUCAGGCACGUCCCCUCACAGAUGGGAACACAGCUCUCUGUUUGGAUGUCAACGCUGGCCAGGGUGACGGGUGUAUUAAUGGAAAAACACCUAUAGUCCUGAAAUAAUCCUGAUCAGCUGAUAAGCUAUCUCUACAUUUAACACCUGACUGAAACUAUGAUCUGUAAAUUUUGUUUCACAGACACGUCAGACCAACUAUCUAAAUGUUUUAAACAUGACGCCCUGCUGUUCCUCUAAAAAGUUUACUGGACCAAAAUACGCUGACUGUUAAUUGUAGUUCUGUUAUCGUACUUAAUGUCUUCAUUUUUUAACAAAUAAAUACUGUCUUCAGCUACUGUGAUUUUAUUUCA